AUGAAUAUCCUAUGCCUUUUGAUACUUAUCAUUUCAGAUGCUUCUGAGAAUUCAUCAGCACUCUAUGUUGUAAAUGUUGAAAGAAAUGGAAAAAUUAUUUAUACCUGGAAGGGAAAUUGGAGAAAUACUCACAUUGGAUUGUACGAUCUUCAAACUAAACAAAAUGAGCACCUCUAUAUGUUUGAGAGGGAUCUACGCAUAAUCAGUUGUUCGGUCAACAAUGAAAGGACGUUAUUGGCGGUCAGCUUCCGUCAAUAUACGGAGGAAGAAAGAGUAAGUCGGCUAUUACAGUCAGUAUCCAAGUAUUUAACCUUGUUAAUUGAAAUUCAUCCCGUUAAUAAUGUGAGAGUCCUAAAGGCUGUGGAUAGCUGUGUUCGAGUGCAGUUUCUUUAUCCAGUUGAAGGCAGAAAUACUUCUACAGAAAGUCGCCUCUUGCUAGUUUCAGAAGAUAAAUAUAUUGAACAAUUUGACAUUCGUGUUGUUGCAGAAGAAGAACACAAAGUGGUGAUUCAAAACACAGGUCAGCUUCCAAGAGCCAGAGUUGCAGAUGAUCUCAUUUGGGCACAAUGGGAUAUGAUGGAACAAAGGCUCUUCUACAUUGUUCCAAAGGAAUCAAAGAGUACUUUAAAAUGUGUCCAGUUUUAUCCUGAUGAAAAUUUUAACUCAAUACUGGAAUCACACCUGGAUAUUUCUGUAAAUGACAGACAAUUAAAACUUGUGAAUUUUGGAUAUGAUUACUGUCAAGACCAAGAUGUUGCAUCUAAAUCUUUGAAUCUUCAGGUUUUUACAAGUAAAGCAGGAGGCUUGUGUGUGUGUUGUAGUCUAGCCUCUGAUAUUCCUGAUGAAAUAAUGUACUCCAUAUAUUUUUUACAUAAAGGUUACAACAAAACUUUUACAGUUUCUCUAGAACGAACAGAAUCUCAUCAAUUGAAGGAAGUGGCUUUUAUGAAUCUUGACUAUUAUGUGGCUGCUUAUUUGCCUGGCCAGUUCCUGCACCUCCUGAAUAUUCAGCAUCCUGACCUGCUGUGCUAUAGUUUAUUUCUGACAGGUGAGGAUGCAAGAAUUGAUGUGUUGCAAAACUGCUCCAUCCGAUCCCCACUCGUGUCAACAGUCUUGGAUUGCCACAUAGGAAGUAUGUAUGCUGUGAGCAUCAGUGACAGUGCCUUACUACAGUUUCUACAGAACAGCAAACGAGACAGCGAGAGAUUGGCAGCUCUACAUUGUGCUCUAUUGCACUUCCGACACACAGAAGGCUUGGAAAUGCAGAUUAUUCGGUGGAUUUCUGAGAACCUGUCAACAUGUCAUUCUUUUGACCCCAUUCAAGAAUUUAUCAUUGCCUCCCUGUACUGCAGAAUGUGUCCAGAAACUCACAACCUGGAUAAACUUUUGCCCUACACGUCACUGCUUGACUGGAUUGGGAUUAUCCCUGGAGUAACAUGUGCAACAGACAUUAUUUCUCUACCUGUGUUAGAGUUCCAAAACUCCAAAGGCUUCUGGGAGAAACUCAACUCAAACUUGGAGAGUGUGAAAUAUGCAGAGCCGCACUUGCAUUACCACAAUAACGUGCUCAGGAGGGAAUGGCGUAACCUUUCAGAAGAGAGAGAGGAGAGAAGAACCACAGCGUAUUUGAGAAAUAUUUUUGAAAAUGCCAAAAAGGUACUUUCUCAUCUGGACACUUGGGACUCUGAGGAAAGGCUAGUACCUCUCUUUCAAGAGGAAGAUUAUCAGCAGCAAUUACUAAUGGGACUGAUGGUUGCUCAGCUAAAGGAUCACCUUAUGAGACAUCUACAGUAUGUAGGAAAAAAGAAGAUUGACCAAAUAGUUUUGGAUUACGUCGCAAACCUGCUGAAUCUGGUACAUCGAAUAAUGAAAGAAGUUUGGAGGAGAUACCAGCUUCAUUCCUGCAUCUUCUGCUUUGAUGAGAGAGGAAGUACGGGAGAGUUUGCAGUGUUCCACAUCAUGAGUCGGAUUCUGGAAGCUGCAAAUGGCAUGUGCAUGCCUUUACCUCCUGGUUUUCACACUCUGCACUUGGGGCUUGGUGUUCGAUGUCUCCCGCUGCACACCCUCCUGCACUAUAUUGAUAAUGGAGUCUUGCAUUUGACAGAAACAUGUGUCAGGAAACUGCUGAAAGAUCUGGACAACACUGAGAAGAAUGAAAAGCUGAAGUUCAGUAUUGUCAUGAGGCUUCCCGAGGCUCUUGGUCAAAAGGUCCGCCAGUUUUGGAAUCAUCCAAUAAAUACUAAUUUCAUUGCACGGAAAUAUGUGAAACUUUUGCUUGAGAAGCUGGGGAACAGGCAGUGUAGCAGGCCUAUCCCUGAGAGACCCUCAGUCCCCGUAGAGUUUUUGCCACUUAACUACCUGACUAAUAUGCUGGCAGAGAUAGAGAAUCAAGGUGUGCAUCCAUAUGAAAAACAAGGUCAUGUUAACGUAAGAUUUGUAGAGGAAACAGCACUCAAACACACUAUGACGCUUUUGGGCCUCAAAUAUUCCUGA